AUGAAAUGGACUCCCGUCACCCAGGCGAAAGCCUGUCUGAAGCUCUUCCCGUCCGACUUCGUUGGCGACACGACGAAGCUGCCGACGCAAUACAUCCGUCCCCGCAGAUACGACAGGUCCCGCCCUGCGCCGAUCCAGCUGCCGCUGCAUAAGAUCGAGUCUUGUAUCCGAGAAGCCGCGGACCUUCUCUGAAAGCUAAGCCAUCGUUGCCGUCUCUCCUAAGUAUUGCCGAACCGAAACGCGAGAACGGAGUGCCCAUUGCGUUAAUGUCAGCAAGGUGGUGCAGGAGUCUGAGCCUGGGGAUAUGGCGAUUCCAAUGGGGUCAAGGGAGGACAGUGCAGAGGAAGCUUGGCUAUUACAAGCGCGGCCGCCCAUCAGGGUCUCCUUGAGGUGCCCUUGGCCCAUGGAGCAAGUUUAUGUAGCCAGAGGCGGUUCAGAAGGAAUUGGUGAUUUGGUCGAGCGCUUUGUUGUUUUGAUUGUUAUGGUUGGAUUGUUGACGCAGUCAACUCUGAAGUCUCAGAGUCCAUCGAGCCUGCAGGGCCCAUGAAGGCCAAGGUGUGCCUACUUCGAGGUGAUUACCUCCCCAGAGGGGUUUCUAGUGCUCGUCAAUCACGUCCGGCACCAUCCAUCUUUGGAACGUCUAUCUCCCUCGAGCCAGUCCAGUGUCCACGCCCGACGGAUUUAGUUUCUCCUCCGAUCGCCAAUGGCUUUCGGAUACUCCACCCAGCCGUCUACGCUCGACAUCUAGCGUGAGACGCAUCGUGCUGACGAAGUAGCUCUCC